UUGUUUUCCAGCCACAGGACGAAGUCUGCAGGCUGGCCACCUCCCUCAGGAGCCUGGGGCUUGAACCAGGUGCCACCCUAUGGGUGGGAGAUGACGGCAAACCAAGAUGGGCGAGACUGCUUCAUCAAUCACAUGACACAGGCAAUCCCAUUUGACGACCCUCAGUUAGAGAGCUACCAAAUCAUCCCUCCAGCUCCCCGGAAGGUGGAAAUGAGGAGGGACCCCGUGCUGGGAUUUGGUUUCGUGGCAGGGAGUGAAAAGCCAGUGGUGGUUCGCUCCAUAACACCAGGUGGCCCUUCGGAAGGAAAGCUGAUCCCGGGAGAUCAGAUCGUAAUGAUUAACGAUGAGCCGGUGAGCGCUGCGCCGAGGGAGCGGGUCAUUGAUCUGGUCAGAAGCUGCAAAGAAUCGAUACUCCUCACGGUCAUUCAGCCUUACCCUUCUCCCAAAUCAGCAUUUAUUAGUGCUGCAAAAAAGGCAAGAUUAAAGUCCAAUCCAGUCAAAGUGCGCUUCUCUGAGGAGGUCAUCAUCAACGGCCAAGUGUCGGAAACUGUUAAGGGCAAUUCACUUCUUUUUAUGCCAAAUGUUCUGAAAGUCUAUCUGGAAAAUGGGCAGACCAAAUCAUUCCGCUUUGACUGCAACACCUCCAUAAAGGAUGUCAUCUUAACCCUUCAAGAGAAGCUCUCCAUCAAGGGCAUCGAGCACUUCUCCCUCAUGCUGGAGCAGAGGACCGAAGGGGCGGGCACCAAGCUGUUCUUGCUUCAUGAACAGGAGACGCUAACUCAGGUGACACAGAGGCCCAGCUCCCAUAAGAUGAGGUGUCUUUUCCGAAUUAGCUUUGUCCCAAAGGAUCCAAUUGACCUUUUAAGGAGAGAUCCAGUUGCUUUCGAGUAUCUCUAUGUUCAGAGCUGUAACGAUGUCGUUCAGGAGAGAUUUGGGCCGGAGCUGAAAUACGACAUCGCCCUGCGACUGGCCGCGUUACAAAUGUACAUCGCCACUGUUACCACCAAGCAAACGCAGAAAAUCUCGCUCAAAUACAUCGAAAAAGAAUGGGGAUUAGAGACUUUUCUUCCUUCUGCCGUGCUGCAAAGCAUGAAGGAGAAGAACAUAAAGAAAGCACUUUCACAUCUUGUCAAAGCAAAUCAAAACUUGGUACCACCGGGUAAAAAGCUGUCUGCUCUGCAAGCCAAGGUCCAUUAUCUCAAGUUCCUCAGUGACCUCCGAUUGUACGGGGGCCGUGUGUUCAAGGCGACAUUAGUGACGGAAAAGCGCUCAGAAGUGACACUCCUGGUCGGGCCCCGGUAUGGCAUAAGUCAUGUCAUAAACACCAAAACCAAUCUGGUGGCUCUUCUAGCUGACUUCAGCCACGUCAACAGAAUCGAAAUGUUUACCGAAGAGGAGAGCUUGGUGAGGGUGGAGCUCCAUGUGCUAGAUGUCAAGCCCAUCACGCUCCUGAUGGAAUCAUCGGAUGCCAUGAACUUGGCCUGCUUGACAGCUGGAUACUACAGGCUGCUUGUGGAUUCCAGGAGGUCAAUAUUUAACAUGGCCAACAAGAAAAAUGCAGGAACCCAGGAAGCAGGAACAGAAGGUAAAGGAAAGCCUAACUUCCUGGGCCCAGAUUGGAAUUGUAUCCCCCAAAUGACCACCUUCAUCGGCGAAGGGGAACAAGAAGCCCAGAUAACAUAUAUAGAUUCAAAACCGAAGACGGUUGAAAUUACAGAUGGCACCUUGUGUGCAAACGACCACCGGCACUUGUAUAUAGACAACACCUAUUCUUCUGACGAACUCCACCAGCAGUUGACCCAGCCGGGAGAAGCCCCCUGUGAGGCAGACUACAGAAGUCUAGCUCAGCGGUCUCUGUUGACCCUCUCAGGACCAGAAACUCUGAAGAAAGCACAGGAGUCUCCGCGAGGAGCUAAAGUGUCCUUUAUUUUUGGGGAUCUCGCCUUGGAAGAUGGUAUCAGCCCCCCAACUCUUGGCUACGAAAGACUACUGAGCGAGAGUCCGGAAAUGCUGGAGAAGCAGAGGAACCUCUACAUCAGCAGUGCCAACGACAUGAAGAGCCUGGAGCUCACGCCAGACCCCGAGAGCAUCCAGUUCGUGGCAAACUCUGUUUAUGCAAACAUCGGUGACGUGAAGAGCUUUGAGGCCACUGAAGGGAUAGAGGAGCCCCUCCUGCAUGACAUCUGUUACGCAGAAAACGCCGACGACGCCGAGGAUGAGGACGAGGUGAGCUGCGAGGAGGAGCUCGUCGUGGGAGAGAUGAACCAGCCGGCCAUCCUCAACUUGUCCGGGUCUAGCGAUGACAUCAUCGACCUCACGUCCCUGCCCCCUCCAGAAGGUGACGACAACGAGGAUGACUUCCUCUUGCGUUCCUUGAACAUGGCUAUUGCUGCGCCCCCACCUGGCUUUCGAGACAGUUCUGAUGAGGAAGACUCUCAGAGCCAAGCAGCUUCCUUGCACGAGGACAAGGAGCAAGGCGGCGGCCUGCGGAGUGACGAGAUCCCCGUGUCUCUCAUCGAUGCUGUGCCUGCCGGCGCUGAAGGGAAAUGUGAGAAGGAGCUGGACAGUGCCGUCGUGCCCAUGCUGGAAGCUCUAGGUGCUCUCUCCGUGUCCAAAGAGCAGCAGACCAGUGACAAUUCAGGUGUAGCCAUCUUGCGGGCUUAUAGUCCCGAGUCUUCGUCAGACUCGGGCAAUGAAACUAACUCUUCCGAAAUGACUGAGAGUUCUGAACUGGCCGCAGCCCAGAAGCAGUCAGAAAACCUCUCCCGCAUGUUCUUGGCCACUCAUGACGGCUACCGCUCCCUUGCUGAAGAGCACACAGAGUUCCCUGCCUCCAAAACCCUUGCUGGGGGCUUGCCUCCAAAGUCCCAUGCCCUGGCUGCCUGCCCAGCGACCGGCCUGCCACCCAAAGUUGUGCCUUCCAAGCAGAUACUUCACUCGGACCCCAUGGAGAUGGAGCCUGAAACCAUGGAGACCAAGUCAGUCACUGACUAUUUCAGCAAACUGCACAUGGGGUCAGUGGCAUAUUCCUGCACCAGCAAAAGGAAAAGCAAGUUGGCCGAUGGGGAGGGGAAAGCACCCCCUAAUGGGAAAAAACAGCAGGGGACCAAAACAGCUGAGGCAGAGGAGGAUGCCAAAGGGAAAUUUGGCACUGUGUCUUCAAGGGACACUCAACACCUAAGCACUUUUAACCUGGAGAGAACUGCCUUUCGCAAAGACAGCCAAAGAUGGUUUGUGGCUACCGAGGGUGGGGGGUUUGAAAAAAGCGCACUGGAAGCCACCGUCGGGAAAACCUUUCCAAGAGCUUCCGGCCUGGGGACAAGGGAGGCCGAAGGGAAGGAGGAAGGGGCUCCUGAUGGAGAAGCCAGUGAUGUUUCCAGACUUGGCCAAGGGGACCAUUGCGUAUCCUCCGCCAAAGACAUAGGUAACCCAGAGGAUACAGACUUGUCCACCCAUGACCAUCCUUCCAAGCUUCUGGAGGCUGAAGAGAGCAUGGCCCGGCUUUGUGACUACCACCUGGCCAAGCGGAUGUCAUCGUUGCAAAGCGAGGGCCAUUUUUCUCUGCAGAGCUCUCAAGGCUCUUUGGUGGACGCGGGCUGCAGCACGGGCAGCAGUGGCAGCACCUGUGCCACACCCGUGGAGUCCCCGCUCUGCCCCUCCAUCGGGAAGCACCUGAUGGCUGAGGCUUCCGGGAAAGGCGUGAGUUACAUUCCUUCAGAGGAGAGAGGCGCUGGGCUGCCCAACCAUGGAGCCACCUUUAAGGAACUGCACCCACAGUCAGAAGGGAUGUGUCCUCGGAUGGCAGUGCCUACUCUGCACACAGCCGUUAAUGCCGAGCCCCUGGCUGGCACUUUGAGGGACGGAUGUCAUCGGCUCCCCAAGAUUAAGGAAACCACAGCUUUGACAGAGCCUGGGAAGGAGAGACGAGGAGGCAUGCCUUCAGCUUGGUCUCAAUAUCCCGAGGCUGAUCCCAUCCUGCUACCAUCAAACCGUCACUCGGAAUCAAAGGUGCCAAUUCCACGUCAAGACCCCAAUGAUUUCUCCCAAGCAAACCAGGCAUCUGGAGGGGCCGUGAGCUGGCGCCCACCGGAUCUGAGAGUGGGGAGCCUUGGGACACCCCCCAGCCAGAGGGUUCUGAGACAAAGCAGCAGUGUCCUCUUGGGAUCUGUAGUUUUGGAGACCUUCCGAGAGAGGACCAAGGGUGCAGUCAGCUUAAAGUGUCCAGGAGUCACAGAAGCACAGGAAGCCAGUUCAGAAAGGCGAGCAGACCUCCCCCUGGGGAAGAAGCUCACCAAAAGUUUUUCCCAAAGCUCGAUGCACUUCAGCUCUGAGGGAAAGGUUCACAAAAGGUCUCCCGUGGCUCACAAAGACUCGAAGCUGUACAGGACAUUACCUUUGCGGAAGCUAGAGGGCAGCAACUGGAGGUGCCGGGGCCCUUUCAGCUACUGCUUCCUGAACCGAGGGCAGGAUGAAGAUGGUGAUGAGGACAAAGAGGAGGGAGAGGCCACCCACCGCAUCUCUUGCCUCUAUCAACCACAGAUGACUCAAGCCGCGGCAGAACCAACCAGCCCAUCCCUGGCUGUUGGGAUUCAGAAGCAAGGAGGGGAGCUAUCCAAAGGUUCAGUGCUGAAAUCUUGGGCAGAAGUCCUGAGUGGCCCGGAUGAUUUGGACCUCAGCACCCUAGCCUUUGAUGCCCGGAUUGCAAGAAUAAAUGCCCUAAAGGAAAGCACAUACGCAAUGCCUGAUGGGUUCUUCGCAGCCCAAAACGAUGCCAAUGAGCUGCUCUGCCUCGUCAGAGCAACCAAGGGGAAGAGAGAGGAGCCGCACCCUGAAGCGUAUGACCUUACGCUGUCUCAAUACAAGCACCUGUUAUCCAUUGAGUCUAGACAGUUGGGAAGUGCCUGCAGGAAAAUGGCAAUGGCUGAGAAAAGCCCAGAGGAGAUGCUCCUAGCUAUGACCUCCAGCUUUCAAGUGCUCUGUUGCCUAACAGAAGCUUGCAUGCGAUUAGUCAAAGUUGUGAACUCAGAAACACAGCGGCAGGAAAUCGUAGUGAAGAUCGAUGAAGUAGUCAUAAACUACAUUUGUCUCCUGAAAGCUGCCGAGGCAGCCACUGGAAAGCCCCCCGGGGAUCCUAACGUGGGACUCUUGACGCGACAUUCAACCACCAUGGCCGCUAUCAUAAGCACACUAACACGUUCUCUCAAGAUGCUUUUAAAUAAAUAAAGUAUGAAAGUCACGUCAUAAUCGACCUUUGCAAAGCCAUACAUGAACUUUUAUUUACUUUAUGUGUAUGAUGAACAGAUGUCUCCUUUCUUCUCUCUGUAUAUUUUGUUAUUUUGUAUAAAAUAGGAGAUAAAAGUGACACUGAUGAAAUGUUGAAAUGUACUAAUCAGAUGUAUUCUGUUUAUAUUAUACAUAUAUAUAUACACACAUGUAAAAGAAAUAUACAAGAAAGUGAUGGCAUUUGGCUAUUUUUCAUAUAGUCAGAACUCCAGGUAAAUGAUGUGAAAUUUUAAAUUAUACCGUGUUAAAGUAAAACAGUGAACCCUAUCCCCUUUCUUUCCAAGCGGAUACUUGGAGACCAUAUCAUUCAUAUUUAGAAGUUAAAAAAAAAAUCACACUGUAAAUAAAACAGUACUUACGUUUUAAAAUUAUGAUUUUUAAGCACUGGAAAUCGAAAAGACAUUUAAAUUUCAAGAAGGUAUUAUGGAUUACUAGGAAAUAUUACAAAAAUAAAUGAAAUUUUGCUCACAAUGCUUGGUUAUCUGAUGCUUUCUUCCAAAUAACCCCAGAUUUUAAGUUUUGGCUUAUUCCA